AUGAGCAGCGCGGGGCUGAAUUCGGAGAAGGUAGCUUCCCUGAUCCAGAAGCUGAACGCCGACCCCCAGUUCGUCCUGGCCCAGAAUGUGGGCACCACCCACGACCUGCUGGACAUCUGUCUGAGGAGGGCCACGGUCCAGGCGACCCAGCACGUGUUCCAGCACGCCGUGCCCCAGGAGGGCAAGCCAGUCACCAACCAGAAGGCCUCAGGGCGAUGCUGGAUCUUUUCUUGUCUGAACGUUAUGAGACUUCCACUCAUGAAAAAAUUAAAUAUUGAAGAAUUUGAGUUUAGUCAGUCUUACCUCUUUUUCUGGGACAAGGUUGAACGCUGUUACUUCUUCUUAAAUUCGUUUGUGGACACCGCCCAGAAAGAAGAACCUGAGGAUGGCAGGCUGGUGCAGUAUUUGCUCUCGAAUCCUGCAAAUGAUGGUGGACAAUGGGAUAUGCUUGUCAAUAUUGUUGAAAAAUAUGGUGUAGUUCCUAAGAAGUGCUACCCUGAAUCUCAUACAACAGAGGCAACCAGAAGGAUGAAUGACAUUCUGAACCACAAGAUGAGAGAAUUCUGUAUACGACUACGGAACCUCGUACAUAGUGGAGCCACCAAAGAAGAAAUCUCAACCACACAAGAUGCCAUGAUGGAGGAGGUAUUCCGAGUGGUGUGCAUCUGUUUGGGUAAUCCACCAGAGACAUUCACCUGGGAGUAUCGAGACAAAGAUAAAAAUUAUCAGAAGAUUGGCCCCAUAACACCCUUGGAGUUUUACAGGGAACAUGUCAAGCCGCUCUUCAACAUGGAAGAUAAGAUUUGUUUAGUAAAUGACCCUCGGCCCCAGCACAAAUUCAACAAACUUUACACGGUGGACUACUUAAGCAAUAUGGUUGGAGGGAGAAAAACUCUGUAUAACAACCAGCCCAUUGACUUAUUGAAAAAGAUGGUUGCGGCCUCCAUCAAAGAUGGAGAGGCUGUGUGGUUUGGCUGUGAUGUUGGAAAACACUUCAAUGGCAAGCUGGGCCUCAGUGACAUGAAUGUCUAUGACUAUGAGUUAGUGUUUGGUGUCUCCCUGAAGAACAUGAGCAAAGCUGAGAGGUUGACUUUUGGUGAUUCACUGAUGACCCACGCCAUGAUCUUCACUGCGGUCUCAGAGAAGGAUAAUCAGGAUGGUGUAUUCACGAAGUGGAGAGUGGAGAAUUCAUGGGGUGAAGACCAUGGCCACAAAGGUUACCUGUGCAUGACCGACGAGUGGUUCUCCGAAUUUGUCUACGAAGUGGUGGUGGACCGGAAGCAUGUCCCUGAAGAGGUGCUAGCUGUGCUGGAGCAGGAGCCCGAGGUCCUGCCCGCCUGGGACCCCAUGGGGGCUUUGGCCAAGUGA